CUCCGUGCUGAGUAGAUGGUACAGUCCCCAUGCAGUUCGGAGUUGUUGCUGAGGAGGUUCCACUGUUCAGCACAUAGCGUUAAAUUGGCAUGCAGCCGACGCUCGGGUCCUCUAGCAGGAGACGGCACUGCUUUUGAAAAUGUUCCCGUCUUAUCCCCGGAGUUACCUCGGACAGUGGGGCAGGGUCGCAUUAUUUCACCUUUUGUGCAGUAUUACAGGUGUGUGCGGCAGUCAGGUGGUGGUGCCUCAGAGGGUGAACGCCGUGCUGGGGAAGAAUGUGACAUUAGAGUGCAGGGUGGAGGUGGGCGCAAACCUUACUCUUACUCAGAGUUCCUGGGAGCGCCGUCUGCCUUCAGGCUCUGUCACAGUGGCUGUCUACAAUCCACGAUAUGGCAUCUCCAUCCCUCCAGAGUUCAUCCAACGCUUGUAUUUUCGCUCCCCCUCCUCACACGAUGCCACCAUUGUCCUGGGAAACGUGGGCUUUGCCGACGUCGGGAUCUACACCUGUAAGGUUGCCACAUUUCCUCUGGGAAACACUCAAGCCUCCACUACUGUCAAUGUACUCGUGGAGCCGAAAGUCUACGUGUCUGCAGGUUCUUCUGCCCUGAUCGAUGGCGGCAACGACACUGUGGUGGCCACCUGUAUUGCUGAGCGGGCCCGGCCCCCUGCUGAGGUGUCCUGGGAGUCCAACCUUUUUGGCCAGUCAGAAGUGCAGCUAUUUGACGAAGCCAACGGCACGACCAGCACACAAGUGAGCUACCUCUGGCAGCCCACACGUCACGUCCAGGGCCACACACUCACCUGUGUGGUCCGCCACCCGGCUCUGCAGAGUGACUUCAGGAUCCCCUACCAGCUCAAUGUGCAGUUUGCUCCUGAUAUCUCCGUUGUGGGUUAUGAUGGAGACUGGUUCGUGGGUCGGGAAAAUGUUCAAAUGACGUGCAAAGCUAACGCAAACCCACCGGCUAAUCACUUCAGAUGGAUCAGAUUGGACAGAGAGAUGCCAGAAGGGGUGGAAAUAAUGAACAGCACUUUGCUCUUCCUGCGUCCCCUCCAGCGGAAUGACUCUGGAGUUUACAGGUGUGAGGUUGCCAAUGACAUCAACCUCCGCAGUCGGGAUGUGCGCAUUCUAAUACAAGACCAGUCUGAAGCAGAGAGGUCAAACUCCAUCGUCGUGGCCGGAGCUGUGAUGGGCGCAGUCCUCGCCCUCUUCCUCAUCGCUGUCUUCAUCAUUGUGAUCCUCACUGCUCGCAAGGCCCCGCCACCAUCAGCUUUCGCUGACAAAGUGAUUGACCUUCCUCCGACACACAAGCCGCCUCCUCCCUACUCUGAGAGAGCGCCGGCUGUUCCCCUGGGUGUCCACGCAUCACAAGUGGCCUGGCUCUGUCAGCAGACUCGAAGGCCAGAGCUGACUGACAGGCAGCAGCACCCACCCACGACGAGGCCAAGACCACCGGCAACACAAAGCCCCACCCAGCAGCUGUCCCGCCUGCAGUGGGUGUGUCACCAGAGUGGGACAGACCGGGUGUACAUCAACCACCGUGAACACUACGUGUGACAGACAUCCUGAACACAGUCUGCCAAACACCUGGCAGUCAUUCACUCUGUCACUGAGCCAUCAAUCCAGAGGAGGAACUAGCUGGCAGCUUUAGAGGGCAGCGUCUCACACAUUUUCAUUACCUUUUAUUUCUCGUUGUUAAAUGUUAUUCGUCCUAAAGGAGUAGUUCAACGCUUAUUUGACCUUUGGACAGAGCCAGGCCUGCCUCUAUGCUUUGUGAUAAACUAAGCUAACUGCCUGCUGGCUCUAGCUUCAUAUUUACUUUACAGACAAGAGGGCGGUAUCAAUUUUCUCAUUUAACUAAAAGUGAAUAAGUGAAUUUCUCAAAAUGUGGAACUAUUCCUUUAAUUAUUUUUUCUUUCUUAUUUUUGUUUUGCAUAUAUUUAUUAGUGUUGAUAUCACUUAGGAUACCCAGAUGAUGAUUUAGAAAUCUGCCCCUUCCUAAUCAGCUUGUGCACCAUACUGUACAUGAGUAGAUAGAAAACAGCUGAGGGUCAUAGUUAUCCACCAAAAUCUAAACACUGUUUCCCUUUUUCUUUUAUCAGACACAAAGCAUAAAUCAGAGACUCUAUUCUGAGACAUAUCACUAGACCAAACCACGCCACAUCUAAACCGCUUAGGUCCACUGAGACCAAAUGUACUAGCUGCAACACAGACCAUGAAGGGAUUAAUUAAGGUAUUUCUGUCCCAGUUCUGUGAUUUGUUGUUGUAGUGUUAUGACACAAUGCUUUUUUGGCAGCGGAAACUCUAGAUUUGUAAAUGUGUAAAUGUAGCCUCUGUGUCAGUGCAAUUAUGUAGAGUCAUAACCUGCUACUAAUCAGGGGAACAGUAAUCUGAGACGUCACUGAUGUCAGUACUUUACUGUAGAAAAAUGCACUUGUAUGUGUGAAAUAUUCAGAACAUUUUGUGGCAAGGAGUUGAAGUUGAUUACAUACUUCAUAUUCCUUUAAAAUAUGUCGGACUUUUAUGUGUUGAACUAAUUGUUUGAAGUGCCAUAUUGACAUUUUGGGGGUAUUCCCUAUAUAGGAUGCUGUAGUUUUGACAUGUCUUCAGUGUGACCAGAUGGUCAUGAAGCGCUCUUGUCUUGUUUGAUUUAUGUAUUAAAAUGCAUUUUAAUUUAAAUGCAUAAAAUUUGCACCAGUGACAUGAAUGACGCUGUGGCAACAGUAGAUUAAAAAUCAUAAUUUGUUCUCACUCUGUGUAAUCAGACAGCUCUACGUGAAGGUGUUCAAUAAGCUCCUGAAAGUAAACAGACUGAGAGGUGGAAGCUCUGAGUCACCACAUGUGGAAACAAGAGAAGAAGUCCUUGAAGGUUUGAGAGAGAGUUUUGAGUUGACGUGUGGAGGCUUUCUGAGGUAAAUUCAUCUCAAGGUCACAGUCACAUUGUAUCCACUGUGAUUCUCACAAAAGAGAGAAAAGCUGUUUUUAUUAGCAGGAAACAUUUUGUGUAGAUGAUGCAGUGUUUGUAUCUGAGAAGCCAGAGCCCACAUUGUGUUGAUGGUUACCGUGUUUGUCAGGAUUGAUUUCUCUCUUUAGAUCAGUCAGUGAUCAGUGGGUUUCUCCAUCCUCUCAUGAAGGGGAGUAGCUGACACUUUCCAAGAGCAGCACCUAGUGGUCAAACGGGUCAGUGCAACAUCUGGUGGUGAGUGUAUUACCAUCACUGAAUAUACAGUAUAUAUAAAGUAAAAAUGACCCAUGGAUGCUCGCUGUCCACAAAAACUUCAAUGUAUUUGAUUAAAACUAUAGCGUAAUGUACCUACAUUUUAGGGUUGAGGAGAUAUUAAGUCACAGUCGGAUCUUUCACAUUAAUUAAGCCUAAGGGAGUUUUUUAUUUUUUGUAAAUGGAAAAUCAUAUAUCACAUUGACUAGUUGAUGUCUGUCACACUGGCUGAAUGUUUAAUGGGAAGCAUAACUGUCAGCUGGCAGUUCAGAAAUCACUUUGACUGGGAAUGUCUCUGUAGUAUUAAUUUAGACAAAAUUGUCAAUUAUAAUUGAAGAUAAAAACUAUAUUAAAGACAAUAAAUAUGCAUGUAUUGUCCAGCCAUAGAAUAAGCAUAAAUAUACUGACUGUGUCAAAACAUCUGCUGUGAAAAACGGACUUUCACAUCAUUGUUAAUAAAAUUUAACACAAGUAACGGAUGAAAAAGUGGUUAAGAAUUACCAAACAAACUCACCUUCAAUUUUAGUAAAUAACCUUUUAUUGGGGAGCAACAUGACAAUAGGAAAUAAUAAAAAAUAGUAAAUACAUAUAGAAAUCAGUCAAUCUAAAACAAAAGAUGAAAGUGGCAACCAUAACAGAAAAAAAACAAAGCACAAUGUAGGUUAAGCCCUGUCAUGCCUCACUUACAGCAUCUUUCUCAUCAUGAUUACACUUUUAUUUUUUUGCACAUUUUACAAUUGUAUUAAGUGACAUACACCUAGAAAAAAUAGAUCAUAAUGAUGCCAAUUCUACAUCAAGAAGCCAAAA